GCUCCUUCUCCCGCGGGUGGUGACGCUUCCGAUUCAACUAGCAACGCACGAAAAGCCUGCUCUGAAGAGUCUCUCCAACGUGGCAAUCUCCUUGAUCUUUUCAAUCCUUACGGACAGUUAAUUGGUAAAUGCGAAUAUGGGAUUGUCGAAUUGUCGGCAGCGCCGUAAUCAAAAUCUGCGAGGUCUCGGGAAUGAGGUUAUUGGUGGACAAUAGAAGAGGGGUUGGGUUCUUUGGGCGUAUGUAGUCGAACCCAAUUACUCUGCAGAGUCUAAGUGUAUCUUGGUAUAUAAGUCCCAACACCUAGGUAAGUUAGUCCUCGGUGAACUUCCCGUUCAAUCAUCACCUUGAAAAUUAUUAAGAACAAGACUAUCGUGUUUCAACAUGUCCGUUCUCCGCCGAAUCCUACAAUCGUUGCUCCCUUGGCUGCGGAAGCCCCAACAACCAGAGAACCUCUUGCAAGAUACCGAGGCCCAUGUAGCUGAAUCAACAUCAGAUGACAAUGAUCCAUUGUUUGAUGGUAACGAGAGGCUCCGCGGGUCGGGACGCGAAGAACGGGUGAACAGUGGAGGUAACCACAGCGAUCACGACCAUUUUAUCUUCUAUACUCCCGAUCCCUUCAAUUCAAAUGCUUUAACCAAAGCAUUCAUGGCAAGGAACUCUCAGGGGAGAUAUAGUAGUAUCCAGGUGUCAACAAUGAAGCUGCUGCGUUCCGAUGCGAGAGUGGGGGAUAAGUAUACGCCGUCCUGGCAAGUGGAAGAACUGGAACAAAGAUUUUCCACCACUUUCGAGGCUAUUCCAGACCACCCCGACGAGUUCCAAGUAGUCCUAGGAACUGAGCGGUUUGUCGAUGUUGUCGAAGGUCAAUCCUGCAUAUCUUCCGAUCAACAGCCACAGAGUCAAUCGUUCACAAGAGAUGAAACCCCAAAUUCGUCAAAUGACCAGGUCCAACUCGGGAACUCGCGAGUUAUUGAGAAACGUGUGCCAUAUGUCACACCACACUCUUUUGCGAACACCCAUGACUUGGGGAGCCUGAUGACCAAACUCUCUAUGUCGACAAAUGAAGGAGAGCAUCGAGGACAACGUGCCGUCAACGGUUUAAAUCUUAGGGAAAAGAUAUUUAGAUCCGACUUUCAUUUGAGCUUCAACCCAAGAUUCAUAAUUCCCAUCGUGCUAUUCAAUCACUUUGGCCCAGGGUCGUUCUCCGCUCAUCGAUACAACUCGGGGCCUAGCCACUUCCCGGCUCAUGGUGGCUUCGGACAGGACCGAGCAUUUAUUGAAACAUCUACUAGGCCGCACGAUCGAGUGAUUGAGGGAGGGGUAGGAUCCCAAGGCCUAGAUAUCUAGUCGAAUAUAAGUAAGGAAGGGUAGAGAAGUGCUGGAAUAUACGAAAUUGACACACCUAAGGUUUCCGGAGCACAUGAUCAGAAACGAGAAAAGGGUUCAAAGGUUGAAUAUGGAUGAAUGGGAAAAGUCUGGCAUAAUAUAAGCUCAAUACAUUCAACUUGCAACCCCUGAUUCGCCAUAUGUCCGGUGAAGUGUUCUACUUCCACUAACAGGGAUAGCACCCAACGGAAUCCUGGCUUGGGCGAGCAUCCAGGCGAGAGGUACCAAAUAUGAUCAAUAUAUGGUCUCGAUGAACUUUUCAAUGGCUAUCAUUGAACGAUUAACACGUAUCAAAGGCAAUGACAUUAAUGCCAAGUAAGGUAACUAUUGGAAACAGAUGGAUUAACCCGAGUGUGUGGGGCGGCAAGACAAGUAGGUUAGGUACUUGUCACCACACCCCUAGCCUGUAUGGAUCCAAUGUUUAAUGUAUGGAUCAUGGAUGGUAUUAGUCCUGUCCACACUAAAGUUCACCUCGUA